AUGAGUACAUUGUGUCGUGUGUUUGCUCGUGUUAAUGGGAAAGAUGUUUAUCGAUCACUUCUUCCAUAUCUUAUUGGUGCUAUUGAAAGUUAUUUUAAUGACACGGAUGAUGUUUUAGAACUUGAGAAACAAAACGAUGAAUUUCUUUAUCACUUUGUGUUGCUUAGCAAUAUAGUUCGUGGAAAUUCGGUAGAAAUUCAACCUUACAUUGAUGAAAUUAUUCCAGUAAUGGAUAAGUUGCUGUUGUGCAAAUGUAAGAUUGCAAAUCGAACAGGUGCUAACAUGUUAACAAAUCUUCUUGUGUCGUUAUCAACAAUGCAAACGAAUGAUGUUAAAACUGUCCCAGAAGCUUACACAAUGUCUUUGAAAGAUUUCCUUCCGAUUAGAUAUUGGGCAAGAAAAAUGGAUCGCAAUGAGAAGUUUGAUUGGUUUCAACCAGGAGAAAAGGAAAGAAAAAUUUGUGAAAAGUUGAUUUAUCAUUAUCUUCUGCCAAUUGUUGAAAAGUUUCAAAAAUAUAUUCGUGAUGAAGAAGAAAUUACUCGUGACGGUAUGUGCACAUAUCUUUAUGUUGUCACGGGAAUUUUAAAGUGCAACAAUUUCUUAGAUAAUUGGAAUGAAGAGCCGAUAAGAAUUGUGGAAACUGUCACAACAAACUCACCGUUCAAAUUGACUUUAGGUUUCGACGGAUUGGAAAUUUUUAUGCCUGAUGGCUCGAAUGUUCGAUUGGCACUGAUGAAAGUCAUGAAUAAAUUGCAAGAGAAGAUUCUUGAGAAAAGUGAAGAUGACAUUAAAUCAUUGAAGCAACUUCUUGCUGUUUAUGAGAAGAUUCAUCACAGAAUACAUUCCAACUCAAGUUACGAAUCACAAAUUAAAAGUUACCAAUUGUCGAAACAGUUUCAAGAGUUUAAAUUGUGUUGUGUAAGGAAAGACAUUUGUGCGGUUGUUACAUCGAGAAUUAUAAGACUUACGUGA